AUGGAGUCCGUCAAGAACGCUGCCAACUACGUCGGUGACAAGACCAGCGAGCUCACCAGUGGAGCGCAGAAAGAAAGUAAUAAAGAAGUCGCGAAGGACUCAGACGCAUCUCUCGGUACCCGUGCGUCUGCCGCCAAAGACGCUGCCAGCAACAAGAUCGACGAGACCUCCAACUCUGCUUCAGCUGAAUCGAACAAGCAGAAGGCUACCCAUUGA